CAAACGACAACCAACAAGCGCUCACGGGAUAUGAAUCUUGCUCUUCGCCAAGCAAUUGUACAGCGCUUCUGAGACGGGUCUGCGUGACAGACAUGACUGCUUCAAGCGCAGCCGAGGGCCCCAUCGAAAUGGCCCAGUUGAACGGCAACCCAGAGCACGCACAGCCAUUGCAGCAUAUUUCACUUCUAGAAGCUCUGCAAGCUUUCGAAGUUGCGCAGAGGCGGCGAGUCGCACACUGGAAAGAGUACCAUGAAGCCAUGCUAGCGUUCACACAGGGACAGUUGACCAACAGCGUUUCGGCAAGCAAUGACCUCGCCGGAGAUACGAUCGAGCCUAGAUAUCUCAAUGGGAACGCAACAAAAGAGCCAUUUUCUGCAUCUGGUCCGCCUUCAAAUCACUACGACCCUGCUCCUCGCUCCAUCGAUGAAGGUGUCAUGACCCAAAUUCUGCGUCUCGUGACGAGUGGCUUGUUGGAGUGCUCGCAUGAAGUACGGGCCAUUCAAAUAGAAUUGCAAUCACAAGCGUCGUUCAAUCGCCCAGAUCUCGCCGAGGUCGUCAGUAGCGUCCAGGAUCUCGAGAAUAGCCUGCUACGCAAGAUCGUCGCUAGAGACCAGGCACUCAGGCUGGAGGCCUUGGAAGCCGGCUCCCCUUCGACGGGACUGGCGAGGGACCGAAGUGAGGACGUCGCCGAAUAUCAAGAGCAGAUUGCGCACAUCAAGCAAGAGAUCAUGGAACGGAUGCAGGACAUCAGCGCAGAGAUAGCUGAAUUAAUUUGAUGCCUGAAUAGAUGAAUUGUGAACGCGGUGUGAUGGGAUGGGGUAUCGAUGAUGUGCUUGAUGGUAUCAGCAAGUCUCGUAUGCGUUAUUGGGAAAGAGCUCGU